AUGCCUCGACAUCAGCGACCGCCUCGAGGACUACAACAGCGUGAUGGGGCCAAAGCGAAGAUGAAAGAAGACAACAAGACGCAGUACGUGCGGAAGCUCCCAGGGACAAUCGUUCAUGGAGAAAGGUUGUUCGGACGAUUCACUGCAGAAGCCCCGAGCGCGCCUGGGGUGAUGGGCGUGUUGGACUUCUCUAAUCCCCCAUCUUCAAUCGCCGCGAAGCAUGGACAGACAUGGUCCAAUGCUUCUAAUGUACACCCCGCUGAUGAACUUGUCGUCUCGCGCACGGAGGCUUCCAACCAUCAGGGGUCACGCUCGAACCCCUCUAUGGACACUUCCAGUCCUCGUCGAAGUCUCAGCGCGGUCCACCGUCCUACCUUACAGCACGACAGCUUAGCUGUCACACGUCAGUUUGCGUCAUUGAUGCUUGGUUUCGACCUGCUUAGCAUGCUUCUAGGCCCUCUGGCAGAAGCGCAAAUGAAACGGUCAUCUGCUCUGUAUCAUCAGUUACCACAACAAUCGCCUCAAAUGCUGCUAUCGAGAUGGCAAGACCACCAGGAAGUACUAACGUACGAUCCUUUCUACGGCGCUCGACCCAUACCUCUUCCUGCGACCGAGCAGCGACUUCCUCGCAUAGUCAUCGACGAUGCAUCGCCAGUGGGGCCACCUGGGCCUGGGCCGGGUUCGCCUAGAGGAAUGGACUUGCUGACACGAAGACUCAGUCGACGCCGGGACGGGAUGACAAUCCCAGGAAGGCGAAGCACUGGCGACCGAAUGCGAGGCACAGCGAUGCCGGCAAACGACCAAAUUCAGCAAGCUUCGUUCCCGACUCAGCUCAACCCCAUACAUGCUCCGAUACCCAUCUCACCCUCAGACUCUGGGCAGAUCGUUUCGAUCCACUCGACGUCAGCUCUAUUACCAUCACUCCCAACCCGGAUUUCGAUGGACGACAGACGAUCUCCAACAUACAACUCACAGUACGGCGCCAAUCUCGUGGCACUGCCUAGGAUCCGGCGUACUUGGGAUCUCACUCCUUCUGUGACGCACGAUCCUAUACCGCGGCCUUCGAACCCCCUUGCAGAACAGCUCCUCCAACCUGCGUUGUCUUUGAUUAGAGCGAUCCCCGGCGACUAUGGGGAGAUUCGUGAGCGCGAUCAUGUAUAUGGUUCUCGUCCUAUACCGCUCCCAGAGGUCGAGCGUCUGAUGAACUCUCACGCCGAAGAAGCCUUACCACUUACGGGAGAGUCAACGGCGACGCUACCGAGUCUUACUUGGGGCAUUACGUCCAUAUCUGCCUCCAUGCAUCCGACAUUGCUAUCGAACCGGGCCCCGACGGAAUCGAGUGCUUCGUAUCAGGAUACACUAAUUGUGCGCGGGGUUCCACAAAUCUCUCCCACGGACACCGAAUAUUUCGAUCAUAUGCAGGACGAGGCUGGGAAAUCCCUCGCCGCCGUGAUGGAAUCUUUUGCGGAAUAUUCCUGA